AUGACGAUCCAACGACUUCUUCUAUUCCUAUUCUCUACUAUUCUCAUCUCUGUCUGCGCGGAUAAUAUGACGUGGUCCGAGAAACAAGAGUACUGUAGAAUUGGUUCGAACGACUUGAAUACGUGUGAGACUUGUGUUGGAAAAGGAUCGAACUGCUUCUGGUGCGGAGGAAAAACCAAGAAAUGCAUGCCAUUCGACUGGUACUACCCAGAUUGUAACAUCAAGAACGUCAAGUACAAUGUCUGUUGGGUAAGCACAUCAGCUGCAGCCAUCGUCAUCGCUAUAUGUGCUGGUAUCAUCGCCGUAAUUCUGAUUGCCUGCUUGUGUUAUUGUUGUUGCAAAUGCAAAGAAUACAACAGAAUUCACAAGAAAGCGAAAGCUCAGAAAUGGAAUGAGAAAAGAAUGACAGCUCAAAGGGAAAUGGAUGAGAGACAAAGUGUGCGAUCCGAUCAGAGAAAGGCCGAGUUGGAAGCCUAUCGAAUGAAAUAUAAUAUUCCAGCGAAAAGUGCCGAUGAUGGAAAAGUUUAA